AAAACCACCAUUGCCAAAGCUGCUUAUAACCAGAACUUUGAUACAUUUCAAGGUAGCAGCUUUCUUCCAGAUGUUAGGGCAGCUUCAGAACAACCUAAUGGUUUAGUUUGCUUGCAAAGAAAACUUCUUUCGGAUAUCCAAAAAGGGAAAACAAAGAAAAUAUACAGCAUAGAUGAAGGAAUGAGCAAGAUCAAACUUCUUGUGCGUUGCAAAAGGGUUCUUAUUGUUCUUGAUGAUGUGAACCACUCUGAGCAAUUCAAUGCAAUUCUUGGAAUGCGAGAAUGGUUUCAACCAGGAAGUAAAAUUAUCGUAACAAAUAGACAUGAAAAUCUGUCAAAUGAUCAUGCAGUUUAUGCAAUGUUUAAGGUCAAAGGAUUAGGUGAGGGUGAAUCACUGGAGCUUUUCAGUUGGCUUGCCUUCAAACAAGCGCAUCCUAUCAAAGGUUACAUGAACCGUUCAAGAUCUGUAGUACAACACUGUGAAGGCCUUCCACUAGCUCUCCAAGUUUUGGGAUCUUCUCUACUUGGAAAAAGAGUAGAUCUAUGGCAAAGUGCAUUACAGAAGUUGCAUGUGAUUCCUGAUGACAAGAUUCAAAAAAUUCUUAGAAUAAGCUUUGAUUCUCUAAAAGAUGAUCAUGACAGGAAUUUAUUCCUUCAUAUUGUCUGUUUCUUCAUAGAAAAGAAGAUGGGUUAUACAAUUACAGUACUAGACAAUUUAAAUUUUUACAAAAGGAUUGGAAUUCAAAAUCUAGUUGAUAGAUGUCUAGUGGAAAUUGAUAUAGACAACAAGUUGAUCAUGCAUCAAUUACUUAGAGACAUGGGAAGGGCAAUUAUUCGUGAAGAAUCACCCGAGGACCCUGGAAAGCGUAGUAGAGUGUGGCAUAAAGAUGCCUCUGAUGUUUUGAGAAAAUUAACUGGAACAGAAACUAUUAAGGGCCUCAUGCUCAUCCUUCCUAGCGAGGCAAUAUUUAGUACAAGUAACCAAAAGCGGUGCCAUGUUGAAGACUUUGAUGGAAAUUGUUCAAGACGACGUCGACUUGGUUACUUCUCUUGGAUAUCAAUUAACUCUUCCUCAACAAAUUCAGCUGCUGCAUCAAAUGAGGUAGCCUUCAAGGCAGAGGCAUUUAGAAGAAUGCACAAUCUUGAACUGCUCCUGCUCGAUAAUGAAUUCCUCGAACAACCAUACAAAUGA